CGCCCUCUCCCUCCACCCUAUUUUUUUUUUUCCCCUCUGCCCUCGCCGCCGCGACCGCUUCAGCUUACCGUUAUGGCAACGGAGCCACCAUCCCCGCUUCGGCUCGAGGCGCCCGGCCCCCCAGAGAUGCGGACCCCACCGGCGAGCGAGGCGGACUCCGAGAGCACCCCGAAACCGGCGGGCGGCACGCUCCGCUUCCUCAACGGCUGCGUGCCCCUCUCGCAUCAGGUGGCCGGGCACAUGUACGGGAAGGACAAAGUGGGUAUCUUGCAACAUCCAGAUGGCACAGUUUUGAAACAGCUACAGCCACCUCCAAGGGGCCCAAGAGAGUUAGAAUUCUAUAAUAUGGUAAGUGAGGUUUAUGCUGCUGAUGGUACUGAUGGUGUUCUUUUAGAGCUACGAAAAUAUUUACCAAAAUAUUACGGCAUCUGGUCACCUCCCACUGCACCAAAUGAUUUAUACCUAAAACUGGAAGAUGUGACCCAUAAAUUUAAUAAGCCCUGUAUAAUGGAUGUAAAGAUAGGGCGAAAAAGCUAUGAUCCUUUUGCCUCAUCUGAGAAGAUUCAGCAACAGGUCAGCAAGUACCCAUUAAUGGAAGAGAUUGGAUUCUUGGUGCUUGGCAUGAGGGUUUAUCAUGUCCAUUCUGAUAGCUAUGAGACACAAAACCAGCACUAUGGAAGAAGCUUAACAAAAGAAACUCUAAAGGAAGGAGUUUCCAGGUUUUUUCAUAAUGGAUUCUGCUUAAGAAAAGAUGCUGUUGCUGCCAGUAUUGGGAAGAUUGAGAGAAUUCUGCAGUGGUUUGAAAGCCAGAAGCAGCUUAACUUUUAUGCAAGUUCAUUACUGUUUGUUUAUGAAGGUUCAUCUCAUCCAACUACUACAAAAUCAAAUGACAGAACUUUGGCAGAAAAGUUUUUGUCCAAAGGACAACUCUCGGACACAGACGUACUGGAGUACAAUAAUAACUUUCGAGUGUUAAGUUCCACAACAAAUGGAAAAAUAGAGGCUUCAGUAGGCAAAAGCUUGUCCAAGAUGUAUGCUCGUCACAGAAAAAUGUAUUCAAGAAAGCAUCACAGUCAGACUUCAUUGAAAGUUGAAAAUAUAGAGCAAGACAAUGGGUGGAAAAGCUUGUCACAGGAACAUUUAAAUGGAAAUGUACUUUCCCAACUGGAAAAAGUUUUCUACCAUCUUCCCACUGGUUGCCAAGAGAUUGCGGAAGUAGAAGUGCGAAUGAUAGAUUUUGCUCAUGUUUUCCCUAGCAACACAAUAGAUGAGGGAUAUGUUUAUGGACUGAAGAAUUUAAUUACUGUACUUCAGAGUAUUUUGGACAAUUGAAUCAUUUGCUGCAGUCUUUUUAAGGGGUGGGGCAAUCAUUGUGAAGAGCAGCAGUCAGUAUCUCUGCACUUGUAAUGCUAUGUAAACAAUUUGUAUUGUGAGUCUACAUUUUAUUUGUCUUUACACUUUUGGUAGAAGGGUUAACUUUUUAUAAUCUUACUCAGGAAAACUAAUUAUUUGUUCAUUAGAAAACUAUGAAGAAUAAAGAAACUUUGGAAUGUUAAGCAGGGAAUGUGGUGGUACAUGAUUUAAACAUCUAUUUGGCUCAAGCAAAAUGCAAAACAGUCAGUCAUUAAGAAUUUAGUUUUCUGUAGCCAAUUUAUCAUGAAAUCUCUGUCCACCCAACCAUGACAAUGAGCCAUAUCUAAACUCAUUACAUUUAUGAGAAUACUUUCAAAAAUCUAGAAAGCACAGGUUGAUGUCCUUAGUAUUACUUUUUGAAGUUAUUAAAACUGGAGAACAUUCUACUUCAGAAAUAAGUACUGUUUAGAUUUUAUAUUAAAGUUUAGACCAGCAUAUCUAAAGGUGCUUCUUAGUGAAAUGAUUUUGAAUUAUUUUAUUCCAAAAGCAGAUUUUCCCUUUAAUUUUAAUUUUUACUCAUAUUUCAACAUGUUAUACUUCAUGAAAAAGAUAAUUGAAACAACAACAAAAAUCUUGAAAUUAAGGGCGCUAAUAAUUAUUCUUGCCAGGGCAAGAAGAGACAAGUUACUUGGAAGAAACAUGUUUUUCUUUUAAAAUUUUUCAUUUAUGGGCAAAUUGGAAUAUAUAUUUACUAUAUUGUGAAAAGUGUUAUAAACCUAUGCCUUUUCCUCUAACUAUGGCUUCAAAAAGGUGGGUGAUUGAAAGUUGGUCUUAUUUCUCCUUGAAAUAACUUGAAUUUUUAAAAAAAUUUUAUAUAUUUUUAUGUGUCCAUUUAGUUAAGCAGUCGUAUUAAUCUAUGUUGCUAAAAAUGAUGUUUCUCAGAAUUCUAAUAUGCAGUGAAGGACAACAUCCAAUAUUGUGUUAUCAAACAUACUGUGUAAAUUAGUACAUCAUAGAGAGUGGUGCAUAUCUAAACCCAUGCUUCUGUUUCAUUUACUCAAAAUAGUUUUAUAUUAUGUUCAAGAGAGAAAAUAUGAUUUAAUUUUAUAGAUGGGGGAUAAUGCUAUUUUUCCUGGAUAAAUUAGAUUCUGUAUUAUCUGUUUCACAUCUACGUUUUAAAAAAUAACCAGUUAUUAUUGAAAACUUUAAAGUUAAUUUGCAAAUAUGUUAGAUGUUUAUGCUCUUAUUGCUUGCAUUUUGAUUCACUAAUAACACAUCUAAGUAGUUAAUAGUUUUGCCAUAUUCUUUGGAAAAUGUUUUAGAGCUGGGAAUUGUUAGUGUGUCCCAACCCCUUCCCCCCCAUUUCUCUUAAGAAUUAUAAAUUAAACUUUUAAAUCCAAUCACUUUUUUUUUUUGGUGUGGAGGAAAGUAUCACAAUUUUAUGUUUAUGUCACCUUCCCAAGCCUCUCUGAGGGCAUUUGCAAAAUAUCUGAGCACAAACAGAAGUACCAAAUGCUCUGUGAAUUCUAAGUUUAAUAAAUCUAUUAAACAUUAAUAACUUUGAUAUGCAUUUUGUUAUAGCAAAAUUUGAUUGUUUUUAAUUUUUUAUUUGUAAGUUUUAUAUAGGCACUUCAUAUUUUUCUCUGCUGCCUAAAUGGGUAUUAGCUUUUUCUUUUUUUCUUUUUUUGUGGGGGUGAAUUUAAAGUAGUAAUUAAUAGAAAUGUUUUAGUUUUACUUGAUUUUUCCUACAAUAUAGACUUUUUGUUGUUGUUGUUAUUUGGAUAGUGGCUUGACAAAUCUUAAGUUCAGAUAAUUGGACACUAUUUUGAAUCUGAACAAAACAAGAAGUUUUUUUUGUAGGGAAUGGUAUCAGCCUAUGUAAAAUGAAUUUAAUACAUUUAAGUAUUAAUCAGGUUUUUAUGCACAUUUUAUCUCAAUAAAGUGUGUCAACUGUUCCAGAUUUUCUUUACCCAUAUUUGGAAAUAUAGUUUUGUAAAAUUCGUGUCUUACCUUUUUUAUAAAAUAGAUAAUAUUUUGUUUAUUUUAAUAAAACAAGAAGCCCUUUUAUCUUUUGUUUUUCAGGGAAGGGAUUGACAUUUAAUUGUUUGUUUACAUUUUUUUAAUCACUGUUAUCUAAUGCUCAUUUUAUGUUACUUUAUAAGUAAGCUUACAUAUAACAGAAUAAGUAUCUGUUUAUGUAAUCUACAUGUGACUAUUUUGCUAUCUAGUCCAGUCAUUUAGCAUUAUGCUGAAAUUUACCACUGCAGGAAUAGAAUGAUCACUAUUCACCAAGCAUAUUUAAACAUGUAAAUGUUUAAGAAGUAAGCAUAAUAAGGAUAUAGUUUGGAUUAAUAGAUUUAUUACUUUUUUUCCACUAGAAAACACAAAUAAUGGUUUUAGUGUAUUUCUUAUGGAAUGCACUAACAAAAAGAACUUUAAGAAGUUAUGGAGAGUGAGUAUUACAUUUCUCUAAUAAAAACUUAAAUUGUAUAAUAGUUUUAUAAGAAAGUAUUUACACUAAUUGAUAUUUUAAUAUGGAUGAAAGUUGCAUAGGUUCAAAUAAAAAAUUGAUAAAUGCUAAAUAUUUUAUCUAAAUAGUUUUUCAAGAAAUAGUUGUGAAAAUGUGUAUAUUACAUACCUCUAACAUGGAGCUUGUGGUAUUUUCAAUUCAGUAUUCUUUAUUCUUUAUGUGUAUGGAAAGGUUGUACUUACUAUGCCUCUUACACUACAUUUUGCUAUUGUGAGGCUUAGACUGUAUUCAACUGAGUAAGAACUUUUUAAAAUUUAUUUUGACAGUAUAAUUUACUGUUUUAUGAUGUUCAAGAUGAUGUUCUCCAUAUCAUCUAUAUAAUGUCUAUCAAAUUUAAAACAUAACUGAAGAAAAAAAUUUUCAAAGAUAAUUCAGUUGCAUUUUUCUUGUUUCAUGCAACUGAAAACAUUUGUUUCUAGGAUUUGGAAUAUAGAACACAUAGGAUGAAAGAAAAUGGUAAAACAACAAAAGAAUUUUAUGUGUGAAAUUAUAGAAAUUUUGUCAACUAUUUUAAAGCAUUAUCAUUUUAGUACCAUUCAUAGCAGUUCAACAUUUUAUACUUUAAAACUUGAUUUGCUUUAAAAAUUGUUUACCAUGCUUUGUAAUAAUCUUUCUGAUCCAGUGCCUUUAACCUUGAUUUGAUAUAUAUGUAGCUUCAGUUGUCUUUCCAUUACAUUCUAUGUUAUCACAGCGUAGAUAUCAGUUUCUUUAAAAAAAUUGUUAGUUUGGUUGUGCAAAGAGGUAAAUUGCCUACUAAUGCUUUAGGAAAACAAGUAGAGUUGCCCAUGGAGGUCAGGCUUCUUAUUAGUUCACUAGAGGCCCGGUGCACGAAAUUCAUGCACUGGGGGUGGGGAGUGGGGCCUCAGCCCAGCCUGCGCCCUCUUGCAGUUCGGGACCCCUCGCUUCUUACCGCCUGCCUGCACACUGCUUACUGCUCGGCUCGCUGCUCCUUAGCACUGCUUCGGAAGUGGGAGAGGGUCCCGCCACCGCUGCUGCGCUCACCAGCUGUGAGCCUGGCUUCUGGCUGAGCAGCGGUCCCCCUGUGGGAGCGCACUGACCACCACGGGAAGCUCCUUGGUUGAGCAUCUGCCCCCUGGUGGUCAGUGCUCAUCAUAGCGACCAGUCGUUCUGGUCAUUCCUCCAUAACGGUCACUUAGGCUUUAUUAUAUAGAUUCAAAAAUACUAACUGGAUAUCUACCGUAUGUUAACCAUUUUUAGCCCCUGAAUAUACAGUUGUGAACCAAUCAGACAAAGCCCUAUUUCCAGCAUUCUGUCUAGUUGGCAUGGGGUUGGGGACUGAAUUAAAAUAGAGAUACAGAGAAAUAUUUAUUUCAAGAUGAUAAAGUUAACUAGCAUUUGAGUUAGUGUAAUGAUAAAGUAAUAAUUACUGAGUUGAGAUGAAGCAACUAACAAUUUAGAGAGGUUGAAAAUAGUACUUUGCAGCAUUAAAACCUCUAUUUGGCUUUGAGUUCAGAUAGUAAUAUAUAGCAUAUAAAGGCCUUAAUUUUUCAGUUUUCUUACUGGUAAAGGUACGUUUACUUAGACUGUCCAUUUAGAGUAGUGCUUUAACGUUACUGUGAGGACUAUUCCAUUAUAUUUUCACAAGCAAAUUACUACACAUUUUUUACAUUGUAUUUUAUAAUUUAGUACUAAUGUUUUAGGCCUCAAUCUUCAAAUCACUGGUAUUUUAAAUUUGGCAAUGAAUGUGAAAUUUACUGUUUGACUUACAGGAUGAUUUUAUUGUUACUUAAAAUGCUUGUUAAUAUUUUAGGAAGGUUGGAGUUUCCAUUUUUGAGGAGUUAAUGUUUAAAUUAUUUUGAUAGCAUCUAGUAAGAGGAAAUAGUAUUCAUGCGAUUAAACAAACUAAAAUAUACUCUCAAGAGUUUUUUAAUUGAUAAACUUUGUCAUCAUUGGGGCUAAUUUUUAACCUGGUGUUCACUUACAGUAUAUAUUAACAAGUUUAAUUAUGAAGUGAAAUAGUCUUAAGGAUGAUGUAUGAUGCAUCUAAAUAUAAAUGAAAAUGGCGUGCACAAAGACACUUUACUAUGGGAGCUGUACUGGAAGAUUUGUGAAAGCAUGUGAAAUUGCACCUAAACUUGUGUUAUUAGUGACUGUGCUAAGUUUAUUGUAAUUGAUGAAUGAAUGUAUUUAGUCAGAGUUACUUUUUGGUUUAAAUGUCUCUUUCUUAAUGUAUUUGUAAUUUGUACUAUUGAUGGGGUUAUUCUUGGACUGCAGGGGUUAUUGUCAAUGUGAUUUUAUUUUAUAGAAUCAUCUAAUGUGAUAUACCGAUUUUUAUAAGUGAUAUUUAGAUAAUUCUAAUAACUGUAUAUUUGACAACCUAUUAAAAUGUUUUGCAUUGGA